AUGAAAAAGCAAGGGAUUAUGAUCUGUGUGCCUUUAUACAGCAUUGUGUUGGCAUGCCUGGGUGUCCCCAUCACUGCUGGGCUGUUCGUGUUCCACCUAGUCAUAGUGCCUUUGAUUUUUAAGUACUCGAAGACUUUCCGUCACGCUAUUAUAUUUUGUAAUUUUGUACAAUGGCCUCUAGGCAUAGACUACGAGGAUCCCUCAGCGAGCGGCAUUGAGGGCGGCAGGAACAUAAACGUUGAGUACCAUUCCAAAGUAGACAAAUGUCCGGUUCGGAUUGGUAUUUGGCAUAUACUGCCGAAGAGCACGUACGAGCGAUUGAAAGGCAGCUUUGAAGAGAACGCCGACAAGGAACAACUGAGCGCCGUCAUGGACAACGAAUUAGCGAAUUCGAAGACCCCCAUAAUCCUGUAUUUGCAUGGUAACUCAAAUUCCCGUGCCGCCGCUCAUAGAAUACGACUGUACAAGUUUUUCCAACAGAUGGACUUUCAUACUAUAACAUUCGACUAUAGAGGUUACGGAGACUCCACAAAUCUCUAUCCAAACGAGGCUGGAGUGGUCGAAGACUCUUUGCUAGUGUACGACUGGCUGAACAACAUAUUGGCGAAAGGGGGGAAAAGGCCUCCAGUCUUCGUGUGGGGACACUCUUUAGGUACGGGUAUCUCGUCGCAUCUACUUGGAAAUCUAAACGAGCUCUCAACUCAAAUUCUAGAACAUUCCAGCCCUUUACCUUUGCCAAAUGGCUUAAUUCUAGAAGCUCCAUUCAACAAUAUAGCUGACGAAGUGGCCAAUCAUCCGUUUACCAUUCUAGUGCAAUGGCUGCCAUACUACGACCGAAUGUUCGUGGCGCCGUACCGAUCGGCGGACACGUGCGCACAUCUGUUCCGUUCGGACGCACAUUUGUCGCGGGUUCGUUCUCUGCCAAUACUAAUUCUUCAUGCGAAGGACGAUGGCGUGAUACCGUGGUUUCUUGGUGAAAAGUUGCACAAAUCGAUCCUGGAGUCUAGAUCUGAAGGCGGCGCAACAGCAAAACUUCACUUGUACGACGAAAGGGAGAAUUUGGGUCACAAGUAUAUCAGUAGUGCUGCGAACUUGUCCGAGGUGGUUGGUGACUUCGUGAAGAAUCACCUGUGA